AUGGUUACGAAUACAUCAAGCAACAUCCUGUAUACGGAAACUUCGCCAGUUUCUGUCAAUAAGAGUAUAGAAGAAUCUUUAGCAAGAGACCAGCACGCGGUGAUCGUGACCUAUUGGAUACUGAUGACGCUUGGUGCGGUCGGCAACUUGGCCGUGCUGGUCAGCCUGGCGAAAACCAGGCGCAGAAAGUCCAGGGUCGACCUCCUCAUGACACAUCUCGCUAUCGCAGAUGUGUCAGUCACCUGCGGCGUUAUACCACUGGAGAUCGGUUGGAAGUACACAAACGAAUGGCUGGCGGGUAACGUGCUGUGCAAGGUGUUGCUCGUCAUGCGAGCUUUCGGCCUCUACCUCUCCUCCAAUGUCCUCGUUUGCAUAUCUCUUGACAGGUUUUUCGCGGUACUAUAUCCGUUAAAGUUACGAAUGGCUCGCAAACGCAGUCAACACAUGCUCUACUGGGCGUGGGCUAUGGCGCUGGCCUGCAGCUUGCCACAGAGCGUGGUGUUCCGUGUACUCCAACACCCGCAAGUGCCGGGCUUCGAGCAGUGCGUUUCGUUCGACGCUUUCGAGAGCGUCGGCCAGGAGAUAGCGUACAACGUGAGUUGUCUCUGCGCGAUGUACUUCGUACCGCUUCUCGUCAUCUCCGUCUGCUACAUCUGCAUCUUCUGUAAAAUACGACGCUGCAGCAACGAGCUCAACGAGAAUUGCGCCCACAAAAGCGAGGGCGCGCCGGGCAUGCGCCUACGCCGCUCCGACCACCGGCUGCUGGAGCGCGCGCGGCGGCGCACGCUGCGCAUGACGGUCAUCAUCGUGACCGUGUUUGCGCUUUGCUGGCUCCCCUACGCCGUAAUGGCCAUGUGGUACAUGAUAGACAGGCAAUCUGCUUCGCGCGUAUCUCCGCAGCUGCAGGACCUGCUGUUUGCCAUGGCCGUAUCCAAUUCCUGCAUGAACCCGCUGGUGUACGGAUCCUACGCGCUGCGCUCCAACGACACCUUCCAACAUCUCGUCAGAAAAUCCUGCUGCUGGUCUUCCGGCUCUAACAAUACAGGUAACACUGGAGUGACUUCGCACAGAAAUAAAAUACGAAAUUUCGAAGAUUCGGCGGAUAAAUUGAAUAAGAACGGCAACCCACGUGUCAAGUUGGGCGUACGCUUCAUGGAGACAUCUCUGAUAGAGCCGCAGCAGACGGGCGAGGCGCGGGUGCGGCGCGGGCCCGCAUGAC